CCGGAACGUAUUCAGCUACGUCAAUACCGUUGCAUCGUGGGAAAUGUAUUCUUAUUGUCGUGCUGUUGAAACGAACGUUAUUUUACUCUCGCCUUUUGUCCAAUCAGUGAACGACAACAAGUAGCAUAUGGUCGGAUAAUGGACGCCAUAAAUCUGGAUAAACCGGCCUUGGAAGCAGUAGACGACUACUGCGAGUACAGAAGGAUUGUUGGUGAAGAUGAUGGAGGAAAACUUUUCACUCCAGAGGAAUAUGAAGAGUACAAGAGAAAGGUUCUACCUCUGCGUAUGAAAAACAGGCUCUAUGUGAGCUUUGGCGUACCAGGGGGUAUUGACUGCAAGCUGAUUGGCCCUGAAACACAGUGCUUUUGUGAACACAGAUACAAGCAGCAUCAGACAGAAUUGGAGGUGGUUCCUUCUGAGCGACCCCUUGCUCUACCGUGCAAGGUCAGGGGAUGUCACUGUUCUGCUUAUACCUACGUUCCUUGGCUUGGAUGUAACCCGGUGCGCUGCAGGUGUAAACAUUUACCCCAGGAUCACAGUGAGGCCACAGGCCACUUGUGCAGAAAGUGCAAUUCCUGCUCUGGGUUCAACAGUCCCUUCACUUGUGGAUGUGGUCGGCCUUUGUUUGAGCACCGUACCUUGGUUGAGACAAAGCUAGAGAGGCAGGCAAGAGGCCAGCCUGUUGGCAGAGAUGUUCCUUAUGCAGCCAUGGGGGGGCUGACAGGGUUCAGCUCUUUGCUUGAUGGUUACCACACUUUGGAAGCCUCCUGCACAGAUGAAGGCAGGGAAGAUGUCUGCCUACAGAGGAGCUCAGCAGAGAGGAAGCUCAACACCUCUGCCAAAGCAACCAGCUCUGGUGUCUGCAAGAAGCAUACUGACAAACACUGAAAUGCAUAUAGGUGGUUAGUCACUUAAUGCCAACAGUUUCUCCAAAUGAUUCUAUUCCUCCUUGAUGAGGUUUUCCUCACUGUAGGGCCUGCGGUCUGUCCUCUGGUGUGGUCCCUUGAAAUUUUAAAUGCAUGUCCAGCCUCUGAUUCAGAAGCCCACUCUUGACCCCUCUGCUAAUUAUAGGACAAUCUCUAAACUGCUAUUUCUUUCAAAUAUCCUUGAGAAGAUAGUCUGCAACCAAUUGGCAUAUGUGAAAGAAGAUAACAUUUUAGAGGUUUUACAGUCUGUUUUAAAAUUUUUACACAGUACAGAAUCAUCCCUUUUGAAAGUUUUUAGUAAUACAUUUUUUGCAACUGACUCUGGUGACCGUGUUAUCCUCAUGCUUUUAGAUUUAUUGGCUGCUUUUGACACAGUGGACCACAGGAUUUUAUUUUCUUGCUUGGAGCAGGGGGCAUCAGUUUUACAGCUCUAAAACUGGUUUAGGUCUUAUUUAGCUGAGUGUACUUUGUGCAUCGGCCUUGGUAACCAUGUGGUCCCCUCUGCUCCUCUCUUGUAUGGGGUCCCGCAGGGCUCAGUUUCAGGCCCUCUCCUCUUCAUGCUGUACCUGCUACCUCUUGGCUCUAUUUUUAGAAAAUAUGGGCUCUCCUUUCAUUGUUAUGCAGUAGAUACCCAAAUAUGUGUCCCACUAAAGAUAAAUGACUCCAACUAUCUGAGCCCUGCGUUUUCAUGUCUGAUUGUGAACUUUUUGAUCGUUUAAUGACAAAAAUACUGAGGUGGCUCCACUAAGACCCCCCAAGUAUAUGUUGGCCCAGUACAUCAGGCCAACUGUUACCAACCUAGGAGUCAAAGUGAAUGCUGCACUGAAGUUAGAAAGUCACAUCAGAGCAGUUUUAAAACCAUCUUUUUCCACUUGAGGCACUGGGCUAAAGUAAAGCCAAUUCCUUCUCAGGAGCAUUUUGAAACAGUAAUCCACUCCUUUGUUACCACUCGGCUGGAUUACUGUAACACAUUUUAAAUGGUCUGCACUUGUAUAGUGUUUUAUCAAGUCCCCAGAGACCGCAAAGCGCUUUACACUAUAAUCAGUCAUCCACCCAUCCACACAUUCACACACUGACACUGGUGAGCUACAUUGUAUCCACAGCCGCCUUGGAGCAGAUUGACAGAAGAGAGGCUGCCAUACAAUCGGCGCCACCGAGCCCUCUGGCCACCAGCAGCAGGCAAGGAGGGUAAAGUGUCUUGCCCAAAGACACAACGACUGAGACAGACAGAACAGGGAUUCGAUAUGGUAACCCACCGGUCAUAGGACAAACCCCUACCACACCCGCCACCGUGGCAACCGUCGCCUGGGUGGCAGAAGACAGGAUUUAGUGAAUCAGUGGUUACUGUAUGUCUCAGCUUCAGAGGUUACAGAAUGCUGCUGCAUGUUUUUUAACUGGCAACAAAGUUUGACCUUAUUUCCCCUAUUUUAGUCUCCCUGCACUGGCUGUCUGUACAUUUUAGGAUUAAUUUUUAAAGUUUAUUUGCCUAUAAAGCCAAAAAUAAUUUUUUACUUUAUUUUUUUAUCUCUCCUAUUUUUUAUCUUACUUUAUUCUGACUGAUUGUGUGACUAUUUUAUUAUUUUAAUACAGGGCUGUUUUAUUUAUGUUUAUUUAUGUUAAUUCAGUUAUCGAUUUAUUAUUGUAUUAUGGAACUCCUGUUUCAUUUGUUCUGUGUACAGCACCGGUGGGUGUUUAAAGUGCUUUAUCAAUAAGCUGGUGAAGACAAAGGAUAUUUGGUUUGUUUAAGAGAAAAAAUUCCACCUGACUGUAAAUAACCACUAAUGGUUCUUUUUUUAUGAAUUUAACCCUGGUUUAAAAUCUGUUGCAAUGAAUUUUACAGGUUUUACCCCUCAUUGCAGUUUUCAGGUCACUUUAACUUCUCUUUUUCUGUGCAAAGACAAUGAACGAUGGUCAAACUAAUGUCACGGAAGGAUCCCUAAAGGAUCCCUGUCAGUGAAUAAACCAACAGACCAUCA